CUGUCAAAUCAAGGUGCCCGUUGUCACAACACGAUGUUAACGACAAUUUGAUUUUGUAAUUACUUAGAAAAAUGGAAGAAAACGCCGCGGACUUAAUAUCGCCAGCGAUAAAGAAUUACAAUUUGAAAGAACUGAAGAUUGUACUAGUACGUAACGAUUGCCUUAUUAAUUCUUAUUUAAAUGGAACAAGUAAACAUAGAUUAAAAAACAAUGGUGGCAUAAAAGAAGAAAUAAAAAGUAAAACAGGGUCCAAAGUGAGAAAAAAAACGCAAUUCCCAGAAACCAAAUCGGAUUACGAAAUAAAUCAACAAUCAAAAUUGUACAACGAAAAAUUUUCAGCAUACUCUUGCGACGUAUGUGGCGAUACGUUCCAAUCGAUGCGAGCAUUAAUGCAUCACACUCGUUUCCACAUCAAGUCCAAUGGAAUUACGUUUAUAUGUGCCAUCUGCGGUAAUAAAUUUAACACUAACGAUGAACUGAUUAACCACAAGUUAUUCCACAAUUCGGAGGACCAUAGUUUUAACUGCAAGAAAUGCAAAAAGUCCUUCACAGACCACCACAAUUACAUGCAACAUAAUGCAAAGCAUGUAGAUACAGGCAUUUAUAAAUGUAUUGAGUGUUCUUACACAUUUAAUUUGCGAAAAUCAUAUAAAAACCACAUAACAACACACUAUUUAAGACAUCAUAAAUGUCAUUUAUGUAAGGAAAUAUUCACACAACCAAAAGAUCUCCAUAGACACAAAAAGAACUACCAUUAUCCUGGUUAUGAUUGCGUUGAAUGUGGUAAACAUGUUCAAACGCAAAGAGAUCUUGAUGAACACAUGUAUAUACACACUAGAGUCAAGGCAUUCCAAUGUUUGUAUUGUGGCAAGGAAUAUACUAAACAUGAAGGGCUACGUUACCAUAUGAAGAAAAUGCACACAAAGUCAACACCUUAUGAAUGUACAAUUUGUUCACUAGGUUUUUAUAAUUCUACACGAUUAAAAAGUCAUAUGAUUGUACAUGAUAUGAAGAAGAAAUAUGAAUGCAAUGAUUGUGGUCGUCAAUUCUUCCAUAGAAUUAGUAUGAUUCAACAUACAAGAUAUCAUAUGAAUUAUAUGCUCUACAAAUGUCCUGUAUGUAAGAACACAUUUGCAACGUACCAAAGACUAUUGCUUCAUACAGAGGAGGUUCAUAUGAAGACAAGAAAUUAUAAAUGUGAUUUGUGUAAAUCCUCUUUUAUUUCAAAACGAGGCUAUGACAGACAUUUAGGAACAGAAAAGCAUAUCAAUUAUGCUUCCAUAGCAAAGUUAGGAUUUUUAAAUCCUAAGUAAGAUAUUUACUAAAGUUAUAUUUUUAUACUUAAAACGUUACUUUGAUUUAGUUUUAAUUAUUAUCAAAUUAUGUUUUAUAUUUUAUUGAUUUGAUGACUCCAUUGGAU